UUUUCAAGAGACCAUACUGUGAUGAUUUUUUGAAGUUUUGUUUUCAGAACUUUGAUGUUGGCAUAUGGUCGUCAAGGUCAAAGAAACUUAUUGACCUACUUGUUGAAUUUUUAUUAGGCGAUCUACAAGAACACUUGUUGUUUUGUUGGGUAAGCGGCUCUCUCAAAACUUCCAUAUGUCAUGGUACAAAAACAGUUUUUACACUGAAACUGGCUCUUGAAAACUAUAAUAAACCAUUGGUUUUGAAGGACAUCAGGAAAAUCUGGGAAAGUGAUGGUCCAAAUUUACGUUGGAAAAAGGGACAAUAUAAUGAAACAAACACAUUAUUGUUGGAUGAUUCUCCGUAUAAGGCAUUACUCAAUCCAUUGCACACGGCAAUAUUCCCCAAGUCAUACAGUUACAAGGAUAAUAAAAGUGACAAUUCCUUAG